AAAAAUCUAUUACAUUACUAUAACAUUAUUAAUAUAGAUUUGUAAAUUCUGAAAACCAAUUCGCAGUUAUUUACAAUUUUACGAAAUAUUAUAAUAUUUUUCGAAUUGGCCAUACUAUGUAGGGGGCUAAUAAAAUGUGGCGAAAAAUCGCCAAAAUUACAAUUUUGAUUUGUAAAUUCUGAAAAUUAAAUUAAUUAAUGUUGGUUCGAAACGGAUAGGAUGAAGUGAGGAGAGGGGGCUGCAUGAAGUGCAGACUAACCGUUAGCCCCUUCCCCGACCUAAUUAUAAAUUUAUGAAUUUGCAACUUGAAUUUUUACUUGAUUUUCAAAUUAUUCUAUAAAUCAAUUGGCCAUUAUUAACAAUUAACUUGCUAAAUACUUGCACAAUUUUGGAUAAUUUUUAUGAAGGUGGGUGGCUAACUUCAUGACCAUCUAGUAAAUACUAAAAAUACAAAACUACAAAACUACAUAAUACUUCACACGGUCACUACUCCAAUUCAAGACUUGACACAGGGCUACACUUGCCACAUAGUUUAGCCGUUUACCAAAUACUGGUUGCAAGUUACAUCGAUACUCCUAUGAUGCCGGUAAAAAAUGCCAAUUUUUGGCGGGAAUCGUGUCAACACCAACGUUCGGCAUUAACAUAUUUUAUCACUCGACAUCACGGCUAUUCGAUGUGGCAAACUAUCGUGUGGCUAACGUUUGAUGACGUUUAUUGGACGCACUGCGUAGCACCGCUUUAGUAGUAAGGUUGAUUCUUAGAUCCACGUCUUUGCCUCCUUGGUCCACUGGGCACUGAGUAAUCUUUAAAAGUAGACGCCAUUGCAUGUCGAGCGUGGGUCGGUGUCGCCAACCACCACAGGAAACCGACGAGAGAAAGUAUUGUGGGGGCGGACAAAUUACAACACUCACUCAACAGCAUUCACCACGGUUGUAGAUAUAUCUACACAUAAUUUGUACUGCAACAGUGGUACUCACUGCAAUAGACUCCUAACGAGUAACAGCUUAUCUGAUAGGAAAUGCUUAUUUUCUCUACAUCUCCUUCGAAUGUUAUUUUCUUUGCCUAUGGAUGUUACUGAGAUUUUCCAGUGAUUAGAAUCUAGAAUAUUGUGAAUCUAUGGUUUGCGACAGCCAUUCUGUAAAUGCAAAUCGUAACGACAACCACUAGUUGCCAACUGCACGCUUAUGCCAUUAACAUUUAUUAGAUAUCAUCGAUCGCGUUAUCAGGCUCUAUUUGAUUGAUACGGUAAUAAUUCUUUUCACGUUUUUUACUUGUAUUUUGCCCUUAGCAUUUUCUCGUCUGUUGUUGUUUAUAUAAUCAAAUACUCUAAGAAUUAUCUGAUCGUCACACUUUUUGCAUCCUUGAUACGACGAAAUAUAUGUUACACAAUGGAAACAAAAUACGAAUUCGCUGUGGGUGACAAAGUACUAGCAUACUCUGAUGGAUUGCUCUACCUAGCAAAGUGUUUGAAACGACAAGUGACUGAAGCGGGGGUGAUCCAAUACUAUGUACAUUAUGUUGGUUUCAAAUCAAAAUGGGACGAAUGGACAGAUGAGGCUGAAGUGUUAGAGGUAAAUUCCAUAAAUUUAGCUCACAAGGAAAGGCGAGAAGAAAGUCGGAAAAAUUGUAAAAGAUUAAAAACGGUAAAAAAAUCUCAAAAACCAAGAACAGCAAAAGAUGAUUUACCAAAACCAGUAUUAAGAAAAAGAGGCAGGCCGAAAAAAAUAAAACAAAGUGCAGAACCAGUUGUUCUACAAUCUGCAAUUCCAGUUGUAGAAGACAAAGCAAUCAAAGUUGUAAAAGGCGAAGCAACUCCAGUCGUAAAAGGCAAAGCAAUUUCAGUUGUAAAAGACAAAUCAAUCCCAGUCGUAAAAGAAAAAGCAAUCAAAUUCGUAAAAGACAAAGCAAUCAAAGUCGUAAAAGGCGAAACAAUCCCGAUCGUAAAAGACAAAGCAAUCCUAGUCGUAAAAGACAAAGCAAUCCCAGUCGUAAAAGAAAAAGCAAUUUCAGUCGUAAAAGACAAAGCGAUCCCAGUCAUAAAAGAAAAAGCAACCCUAGUCUUAAAAGACAAAGCAAUUUCAGUCGUAAAAGACAAAGCAAUUUCAGUCGUAAAAGACAAAGCGAUCCCAGUCGUAAAAGAAAAAGCAAUCCUAGUCUUAAAAGACAAAGCAAUUUCAGUCGUAAAAGACAAAGCUAUCCCAGUCGUAAAAGAAAAAGCAACCCUAGUCUUAAAAGACAAAGCAAUUUCAGUCGUAAAAGACAAAGCAAUCAAAGUCGUAAAAGAUAAAUUAAUCCCAAUCGUAAAAGACAAGGCAAUCUCAGUCGCAAAAGACAAAGCAAUCCCAUUUAUAUUAAUUCCAUGUUCAAAGGUUCUUAUAAAAAAAUUGCGAUCAUUAAGACUACCAAUUGGUCUACAAAUAACGCUAGAUUACGAUCGUGAUAUGCAAAAGGCUUACGAAAUGGUAUUAACGUUUCCGGAUGAACUCUUUGUGGCAAAAGUAAUAUUUGAGUUCACAAAAUCUUCAUAUUUUGAAGAAGAUGAUAACCAAAAAAAAAAUCCAACGAUGUUUUCUGCUACAAUAUUGAAGUAUUUUAAUGAGUCAGUGCACACAUAUCUACUUAACGAAAAAGAGAAAAGUGACAAUUUACCAUUAAAGAGCAUGGAAUAUUUUCAGCAAAGGAAGAUGAAUCGGCCAAACAUCAAAUAUUUCUUUAAAAGUCUUCUAGAUUCCAAUAUGAUUUGGUGUUAUGUAUAUGGUCCCACGUAUCUAGUAAGAUUAAUUGCUAAUUUACCAAAAAUUUUGUUAUCAAAUUCGUGGCAUCCUGGAUAUGAUUCAAAUACCUUUAUUCGUCAUAUUAAACAAUUUAUGGAGUUUUUAGAUGAUAAUUCUGAGACUUUUUUCCCUAUCACUGAUUACAGACGUAAAGAUGGUAGAUGUUUUACAAGAAGACCGUUUAAUGUAUUAACUUUUCAUGGGAAGUGAAACUUAUUAAGCAGUUUUUUCAAAAAAAAAUAAAAUAAAAAUUUCAGUGUUUAGAAAUCAUUAUAAUAUUAUUAUUAUUUUUAUCGGGAAAAUGUGUACACAACUGCUGUACUAUUAUUGUCAACAAUAUAAUCAUGCAAAAUAGGUUACCAAGCCAUUCAUAUUCAUACAUAAUAUACAAAGUAUACCGAACGUUACUUUGGAAUGUAACACCGACCGUUAAAUUAUUUUAACAUAAAUAUAUUAUUGAAUAGGUACUUGAUUAAAUGUUUAUGACGAAUUUUUCAUGAGAUAUUUACAGUCUUGUAAUGUACUUGAGUAAAAGUAUUCAAA